GGGGCAAGGGGUGUGGUUAUCCUUGUGAGAAAAUGUAGGGCGGGAGUAUUGCUUUGCUAUUCCUUCCCUCACUUCCUGAAGUGAACACUGUCCAAAUAAGUGGCGUUACAGAGGAUAACCUGUAAUAUUCUGGAACUUUGACACACCAGGCCAAAGAUUAUAUGCACGUGCUGGUGUAAAGCAUGUUCCUGUGGCAAUAUCUGACUCUGCUCCUGCUGAUACCUGUUCAAAUAUGCAAAGCACUCCCAGAGCAGAGAUGUGCUGAAUUUACGGAUCUAAAUCUUGGUCACGCAUUUAUUGGAACCAGCCUCACAAUCAGGUUGUUGCUGCACACCAGGGAUAAUCCCUCCUGUGGUACACUGAUGUCCCACACCAACCUGUCUGCCCAUCCUCAGUUUAACUUGUCCAGACCCACCACCUUCAUCAUUCAUGGGUAUCGGCCCACGGGAUCUCCGCCAAUUUGGGUACAUAACGCAACAGAGCUGCUGCUGGCCAGGAAUGAUAUUAACGUCAUAGUAGUCGACUGGAACCGCGGAGCUACUAAUAUGAAUUAUUUCACGGCAGUGGAGAACACACGCAAGGCAGCUGACAACCUCACUACUUUCAUUGAAAAGAUGCAGGAACAUGGUGCUUCUCUGAGCUCCAUCCACAUGAUCGGAGUCAGUCUCGGGGCUCAUAUAUCCGGCUUUAUAGGGGCCAAGUUAAAUGGGUCAAUUGGAAGAAUUACAGCUCUGGAUCCUGCUGGGCCUCAGUUCACUGGCACUCCUCCAGAGGACCGCCUGGACUCCACAGACGCCCAGUUUGUGGACGUCCUGCACACAGACAUAGAUGCCCUCGGCUACAGAAAACCUUUGGGUCACAUUGAUUUCUAUGCUAAUGGAGGAACAGACCAACCUGGCUGCCCAAAGACCAUCUUUUCUGGAGGAUCCUAUUUUAAAUGUGACCACCAGAGAUCAGUGUUGCUCUACCUUGACUCUGUGAAUCAGACAUGUGCCAGCAAGGCCAUCCCCUGCUCCUCCUAUGAAGACUUUCUGGAUGGUAACUGCUUGAACUGUGAAAGUUUUGGUGCUGCUGGAUGUCCUGUCUUUGGUUAUGACGUCACAGAGUGGAAAGAUGUCCUGCUGAGACUGGGCCAAACAACAACGUACUUCACCACAAAUGCAAAGUCUCCAUUCUGCAUGACAGACUAUAUGGUGGACGUGAUGAUAUGGAACAUGGACAUGCGCUGGGGAUACAUUACUGUUAAACUUCACAGUAAUGGUGAAGAAGCAGUGGCGACCAUUGACCAUAAAGCUGCAGAGUUCAAGAGGUACACAGAAACCAAGUUGUUUGCCCAGUUUGACAAAGACAUUCUCUCAGUGAAAGAGGUCUCUCUCAAAUUCUCCACUGGGAAUGUAUUCAAGCCAAAAUAUAAGCUUCGUGUUCUCCGUAUUCGUCUGACACACCUGGGACGCAAGGACAGGCCUCUCUGUCGAUAUGACGUCCUUCUCAAGGAGAACAAAGAAGUUACCUUCAGGCCCAUUCCCUGUGAAGAAUCCAACUUCUGAGACAGAAUCGGACUCCAUCUCAAGAAAUACCACUGCUCUUACUGGAAAUGAUUCCACUGACUCUUCAAUACAAUCCUUAAAAAGCACUGGAUUCUUCACUUACGUUACGGAAGAUACUUCCUCAAACAAAAGUUUUUUUUUUUAACAUGAUAUUACUAGAAACUAUUUAUUUGUGUAUAUUGGAUUAUUUAGAUUAUGACAAUAAUAUAACUAUUAAUACAAUCUCAAGUCAAUAAUGCUUGCCCUGCACAACUGAUGAAUUAACUGACCGCUUGGUCAGUCAGUUUUUGUACCAUUAAAAAUAAUUCUCGCUCUA